AUGCAAGCCAAAUCCGGUCACAUCAUUGGACACUAUCUUUUCCCUUUUUUCGACCAAACAAAACCGAUCCAACCCCAAUUCCUCUUCUUUCUCUCAUCGCUUCUCUUUCUUACCAUUCGCAACCAAAGCAACGUAGAUGCCCGACAGCCGCCCGCCUGCAGUACGCAUGCUGGCCAUUCUGCAGGACCGCGCGUGCUAUCCGCCGUCCCAAACCCACACUUCCAAUUUGCUGUCUGUAUAAAUACCCCCCUCGUCCCCCCUGCUUCGACCCCAUUCCUUUAUUCCAAUAAACACCAUAUCUGGUCUAUCUUCCACAUAAUGCACAGAACCUACUCUCUCAGAUCUCAAAAGGCUCCUACCGCCUCCCAAUUGCAAUCGCCUCCUCCACCAACUUCGUCCACCAAACUGAAGUUCUUCGGAAAGGGCGGUAUCACUUCUUCUUUCAAGAAGUCUUUCCACGGCGCCACUGCUCCUGAAUUGUCCAAGAAAUUGACUCAAUUCAUCAAGAUGGAGAAGAACGUCAUGCGCGCCGUUGAGUUGACUGCUAGAGAGAGAAGAGAGGUUGCUAAGCAAUUGUCCUUGUGGGGUGAGGAGAACGACGAGGAUGUUUCCGAUGUCACUGACAAGUUGGGUGUCUUGAUCUACGAGAUUGGUGAGUUGGAGGACCAAUUCAUCGACAAGUACGACCAAUACAGAAUCACCUUGAAGACCAUCAGAAACAUCGAGUCUUCUGUUCAACCAUCCAGAGACAGAAAGCAAAAGAUCACCGACGAGAUUGCCCACUUGAAGUACAAGGACCCACAAUCUCCAAAGAUUCCAGUCUUGGAGCAGGAGUUGGUCCGUGCUGAGGCCGAGUCUCUUGUCGCUGAGGCUCAAUUGUCUAACAUCACCCGUGAGAAGUUGAAGGCUGCUUUCAACUACCAAUUCGAUGCCAUUAGAGAGUUGGCCGAGAAGUAUGCCCUCAUAGCCGGCUAUGGUAAGGCAUUGUUGGAGUUGUUGGACGACUCUGCUGUCACCCCAGGUGAGACCAGACCAGCUUACGAUGGUUACGAUGCUUCCAAGCAAAUCAUCAUUGACGCCGAGAACGCUUUGGGUUCUUGGACCUUGGACGCCGCCGCUGUCAAGCCAACCUUGUCCUUGCACCACGAGAACGAGGAGGAGCCUGAGGAGGGUGAGAUCUACGAGGCCGAGGAGGAGUUCGCCAAGCACGACGACACCAACGGUCUUGCUUAA